GCAGGAAGCAAGCUGAGAAUGAGAGAUAUCUAUUCUGAAACUGAAGUCUACCACACUUUGGAUGUAGUGGGAAAGGGCACCUUCGGAAAAGUGUCAAAAUGCUGGAGAGGGAGUGAUGGAGAAUUAGUGGCGGUAAAAAUUAUGAAAAUGGAUGUUCACAGAAAUCGAGUGAUAACAAAUGAAUUAAAACUUAUAGGUGUUCUUUCCCGGAAUAAUUUGAAGACAAGCCACAUAGUUCAAUUUCACGAGGCCUUCCGUGACCAAACUAAUCAUUACCUGGUUUUUGAACUAUUGGAGAAAAACCUGUAUCAGCUUCAGAAAGAGAAUGGUUUCAAGCCGAUGGCGGUCCGCAACAUCCGGACCAUCACGUGUCAGAUGAUAAAAGCACUAGCCAAACUGAAGGAACUCGCCAUCAUUCAUGCUGAUCUGAAACCUGAAAAUAUAAUGGUCGUGGAUCAUUGUCGCCAUCCCUUCAGUGUAAAGUUAAUUGAUUUUGGUUCUGCAAGUAUUUUCAGUGAAGUGCAUUUUGUUAAGGAGCCAUACAUCCAAUCCAGGUUCUAUAGGUCUCCUGAAAUCCUCCUGGGCCUUCCAUUCUGUGAGAAAGUGGACAUGUGGUCUCUGGGUUGUGUGAUGUCAGAGUUGUUCCUUGGAUGGCCUCUGUAUCCCGGCGAUUCAGAGUUUGAUCAAGUGAGGUACAUCUGCGAGACGCAAGGACUACCGCAAGCCCAUCUGCUCAACAUGGCCAGCAAGGUUCACAAUUUCUUCAAGCUCACCACCAACAGUCGAGGAGAGAAUAAAUGGCAGCUCAAGCCCUACAAGAGGCGUCCCCCCUCAGACACAGAAGGCCGUACCCAGGGGAAGCAGCUGGGAUCGACGGAUCGGAGGAAGUACAUCCUCUCCUCUUUGGACCAGCUGGAGACCAUGGAGUUCACAGAGCACGACCCAGAGCUCCGCAACGAAGACAUGGCAGCAGAAGUUGUGGACCGCCGGAGCAUGGUGCAACUCCUCAAGCGGAUGUUAACCUUGGACUCCCACCAGAGGAUCCUACCCAAUGCGGCCUUACACCAUCCUUUCAUCAACAUGCACCACUUACGCAUGUACCCAGACUACAACCGCUACUAUGAGAAGUCCGCUCAGGCUAUCCGUGAAGCCCUGAUUCAGGAUACAGCUCCAGAGGGAGACAGCUGUAGGUCUCACCAUCUGAAUGCAGAGGGGGGCCAGUGGUUCCUGUACCCCAGGGAGAAGGGGCCCCACCAGUCAUGUCCCCUGGGUCAAAUUCACCAUGACCACAGGGAGGGCUACCCACCAUCCUCAGAGGGCUUCCAAGGUAACAAUGGGGUUCUCCCCCAGCAAACCCCAGUCCCCAGUGAGCCUCAGUCCCCCACAGCACUGAUUGAAGACCUGAUGGAGAGCCUGUGCAUUGUGGAUGAGGCCAGCCUGGAGACCACCGUGGGGGUAUGGGCGGAGGAGGACGCCCAGUAUGCCUUCCAUCUGUCCAGCUCUGUGAUACCUUCAGAUCUCCAAGCCGGCCUCCAGCCAAGUGAAAGCGGUGCCUUCCAGGAGACUGAGCUAGACUGUCCUCUCUUAGGCUCCACCAGCAGAGAUGACCCAGAGAGUGGUUCCAUGCUGUCUUAUUUCACCAGGCUGUGUGAGAGCCAGCGCCUGAGGCAGCCAGUGGCCAGGUCCUCGCGGUCCGAUCCUACCCACGGGUUGAGCUACACCUCUGGGCCCCAGGCGGACAAAGCAGGUGAGCCCAAAGGCUCCAGUCUCUUUUCUAGGGACUCCACCACACAACACGCCCUUGCAGGGCCCAGGGAGCAAGCAGAGGCAAAGAAGGCAGCCUGUGAUUAUGGUUUGGAGGAGGUCCAGUUUCUCAAUUUUGAACCUGAAGGCUACUCCUGUCAUUGUGGCCAAUGGUGGCCAGCAUGGACCACGGAUCCAGAGGUAUCCUCCUACCUGGGCUACGGCCCCCCAGACUGCUGUAGCCAUACGCAGCAGCACUACCUCCACUACUGAGUCUCCUGGAGGGAGGGGGUCAACAGACACAUGUCAGUACUGUACCAAAGUUGAGGGCUUCCAACAGCUCCUCUUAUCCAACGUGAUCUCCUCAAUACACAAAAGAGACACUCUGCCAAUGCAAAGCAGGCCUGAAUAGACAAGUAGACCCGCUUUUUAAAACAGCCCUCUAAGAAUGUUGUCGUUAUGAGUUUCAUAUUGACUAAACAGUGGAUAAAUAAAUGUAUAAUUUGCAAGACUGCAUGCAUUAUUCAUGGUAAUGAAAUAAGAUAGAGAGGGAGGAUAUACUUACUUAUUCUAAACACUUGUGUAUACAACUGCUAAAAAUGAAAUGAAAGACAACUGUAAAAAAAUGUAUGCACUCACUAACUGUAAGUCGCUCUGGAUAAGAGCGUCUGCUAAAUGACUAAAAUGUAAAUGUAAAUUCAAUUUAUUAGGGACAUUACCGCAAAAAGGAAGUAGUGUGUACAAAAUGCAAUCAAUAUUGUACAGUAACAGUGCUUGCCAAAUAAUACACAGCACAGUGCUU